CCUGCCUGCACAGUAGAUACGGCUCUCAACAUAGGUGGCCUGCAUCGGCGAAGCAUUCAGGUCUCCUCCAACCAAGCGACAUGGCCCGAAAGACCCGCAAGCAAGGAUAAUUUGGGCGGAGUUGGCGGUCCAGAACCACGACGGGCAGCGAGCGAUGCACGCUUGCUCGAGGGGAGCCACUUCGCGCGACACCCCUGCAACCCUGACCUCACGACUGCGUGUGCCUGCUGUAAGUGGUUGGUGCAAGCUCUUCUGAAGGCUGCCGUGAGGAAUCGAUAUCAGCGAGCCGAUUUCCCCAGUGAGGCGAGUUCUGCGCUGCUCGUUUCCCCGUCAUCGCCAGGCCUAAAAGUCACCUUCGACGGUGAAAAAAAGGAAAGAAAAAACUUAAUCAGCGCCUUUCAUCUGUGUUCGGCCACGACCGCUUUCACAAUCUAUCUCUCGCCGCAGUUUCGCCAGUCGCCGCCGUCGCACAGAGACGGCCGGUACCGCUCCCAUCUGCACCUUCCUUCCUGAUUCUCUCGUCUUGUUCUCUGGGCGAUCUUUUAUUCGCUGGGAGCCAACCCCUCCCUGCCGCAGCACUUGGCUUCUGCUUCUUCUCCUUCAUCUGGACUAACAAACUCAUCUGCCACCUAAUUGGCAUCGUUGGCUUUAUUAUUACUCUUACCUCUUUUCAGCCUGCACUUUGAUCCGAUUUUAGUUUCUCAAAAUAGGCUCGGAUUGUCUCCCUGUCAUUCACGUCGGUCAAGCCAGCGUUGCCCCUCGGGUUAGGAGGCGUACCCCAGAGGCAGCGUGCAAGCCAGCGCAAGGGCAGCCUAGGAAGGAGCUCGGGCCUGGCGACCCCCACCCCACCGACACGAGUAAAACCUCACGGAGCCAAGCUAUUGCAGCACAGGCCUGGACACGAUGGCCCCUCCGUCGGCGAUUAAGACGGGCUCUGGCGACGGCGAAUCCCCGCUCCCGCCAGCUCUCGACGACUCCAUCACGCAGGUCCCCGUAACCCCAGGAAUUCACGGCAACACCUACUUCGAGGGCCGAGAGGACGAUAAGGAGGACGACUACGACGAGCGUGGAGAACGCCGGGGUUACUUUGGGCCACAGCUCCGCGACAUGGUCAGCUCGCCCGUUGGCCUCGGCCUGGGCGAUGACGGCUUGGGCCCCCAGGCCGCCGAUUCGGCGUCCGCACCCGACCCCGAAAUCCGCAAAAGGAUAGGAAUGCCGAGGGCAGCCACCCGCAAGGAGUCGUUGACCAACAUACGCGCCCUCAACCCCGACUUGUCUCUGAGCGGCAACAUCAUCUCCGCCACCUUCAACAUCCCCUAUUCGCUCGAGUAUAGGAAAGGCGCCGACUGGAUCCUCAACCCGCGCCGAGGCCAGUCGGCCCUGUUCGACUCGCUGUCACACCUGUCGUCGGAUAACACACCCUGGAACCACACCGUCGUCGCGUGGACCGGCGAGAUCGAGCCGCCUAAGGACCUGCCGUCGCCUCCGCAGACGCCCCCGGCCACCACAGCAAACCUUCCCGCUCUUAAUUCGCUGUCCAAGCCCAUCCCCGUUAAUGGCGAGGCCCCCGCACCGGCGCCUACACUUGCCGAGGGCUUGUGGAUCCCCCGUGAGGACCAGCACCGCCUCGAGAGCCAACUGUCGCACGACCCGAGGAUUAAGACCGUCGCCGUUUGGCUCUGUGACGGUAAUGAGGUUACCGAGGAUGGCAUCACGCUCAAGGACCAGGCGCGGUGGAGGCGCUUCGCGGAGCACGAGCUGUACAACCUUUUCCACUACAAACAGCACGAGCCCAACGACGGCCGCAAGGAGCGUGUGCAAUGGGCCGACUACUACCGCAUGAACCAGAAGUUCGCCAACCGGAUCAUCGAGAUCUACAAGCCCGGAGACAUCGUCAUUAUUCACGACUACUACCUCAUGCUGGUUCCCAGCAUGCUGCGCCAGCGCGCCCCCCAUAUAUACAUCACAUUCUUCUUGCACUCGCCCUUUCCCUCGAGCGAGUUCUUCCGCUGCCUGCCCCGCCGCAAGGAGGUGCUCGAGGGAGUGCUGGGCUCCAACUUGAUCGGCUUCCAGAGCUACAGCUACUCGCGCCACUUCAGCAGUUGCUGCACCCGCGUGCUGGGCUACUCUUCGGACGCCAAGGGCGUGAAUGCCUACGGCGCGCGCGUUGAAGUGGGUGUUUUCCCCAUCGGGAUCGACGCCCUCAAAGUCGAGAGCCUGGCCUGGAGUGAUUCUGUCAACCGCCUGAACACGGAUCUACGCGAGAGGAUUAGCCAAGGCCGGAAGCUGAUCGUCGGCCGCGACCGCCUCGACUCGGUGCGGGGUGUCGCCCAGAAGCUCCGCGCGUUCGAGCGCUUCCUUGAAAACUACCCGGAGUGGCGUGACAAGGUUGUGUUGAUCCAGGUGACGAGCCCCACCAGCAUCGAGGGGGAGCAGGAGGACAACAAGGUCAGCACCCUGGUCAACGAGCUGGUCAUGAGGAUCAACGGUAUGUACGGAAGUCUGGGUUUCGAGCCCGUGCGCCACUUCUCCUCGUACAUCAGCCAGGACGAGUACUUCGCCCUCCUUCGCGCCGCCGACAUCGGCCUCAUCACCAGUGUCCGAGAUGGCAUGAACACCACCUCGAUGGAAUACGUCAUCUGCCAGCGCGACUCUCACGGACCCCUGAUUCUGUCAGAGUUCUCGGGGACCGCCGGUAGCCUGCGCGAUGCCAUCCACAUAAACCCCUGGGACUUCACGAGCGUCGCCGACGAGAUCAACCGCGCCCUGACCAUGGACAAGGAGCAGCGCAAGAAGAUGCAGACGGAACUCUACAAGCACGUUACCGCCAAGACGGUACAGGAAUGGGUCACGGGGCUCGUCACCCAGCUUGUCCACGUCCUCGGCUCUGGCCAAAACACCAUCACAACCCCGCUCCUGGAUCGUGCAGACCUCCUGCGGACUUACCGCGCCGCUGGCAAGCGCCUGUUCAUGUUCGACUACGACGGGACCCUAACGCCCAUCGUGCGUGAGCCGAGCGCCGCCGUCCCCACCGAGCGCCUGCUCCAGACCCUCAAGGCCCUCGCGGCCGAUGAACGGAACGCGGUAUGGAUCAUCAGCGGCAGGGACCAGGACUUCCUCUCUGCCCACUUGGGCCACAUCGCCAGCCUGGGGUUCAGUGCCGAGCACGGCAGCUUUAUGAAGCACCCCGGCAGCGAUGAGUGGGAGAACCUUGCCGACAAGUUUGACAUGGGCUGGCAAGAGGAGGUUAUGGCCUGCUUCCAAAAGUACACGGAACAAUGCGAGGGCACCUUUAUCGAGCGCAAGCGCUGCGCCCUGACGUGGCACUACCGCCUCGCAGAUCAAGAGCAAGGCCCCAAGAUGGCUCGCGACUGCCACAAGGAGCUUGAGGCCACGGUGGCGAGAAAGUGGGAUGUCGAGGUGAUGCCAGGAAAGGCGAACCUGGAAGUCCGGCCGACGUUCAUCAACAAGGGCCAAAUAGCUAAGCGCCUGGUUCUCGAGUACAACGCCGGCCUCGUUGCCGAGGGCCGAGACAAGCUCGGCUUUGUGCUCUGUAUGGGUGACGAUUUUACCGACGAGGACAUGUUCCGCUCGCUCAACACGCUUUCAGUGCCCGCUGACGGCGUUGCCGAGCCCGAACUCAAGACGAAGCACGUCUUCAGCACUACUGUCGGGCCCAGCACCAAGGUCACGCUGGCGCGCUGGCACCUGCUCGAGCCCGAAGACGUAGUCGAGUGCGCGGCGCUAUUGGCUGGCGAUUCCGACGCAGCAUCCCUGUCCGCGGUUGGCAACGGCGUCGCUGAGACCGUGAAGCCACUUGGCAUCAGCGAGAACAACCUGGCCGCACUGAGUGAGGUUGAGGGAAGGGUUCCCGAUGUCCUAUAGCGCCCGCCCUUUGCCAGCAACCAGGCGUCAGUUUGUAGCUAGCCUCGAUGGGUCUUUGGCUCAUUCGGGCUCAUUCGGGCUCAUUACAAGCAGCAGUAUUAGGGCCAUUAUCUUUACAGGGUGAGAGGUAAAGUAAGGUCGGUGCAUAUAGAUUCGCUGCCUAGCAUUAUCGAUACUUUACAUAUCUCGCGCUAUGUCGUUUGCUUUCCUUCCUUUUCGCAGGUGAGGCUUUGUUUUGCUCGGGUACCUGAGACUAUGAAGGUAAAGAAUCAGGCCAGCAACGGACCGCUUCCCCACGUGAAAUCUAGGCAUCGAUGACUAUGCAG